AUGGUGUUAAAAUAUCAAAUACCAAUAAAAUUUUGGUUAAAGUACUUUCUUCGUCGAUUUAUGCGUAUAUACCCACCAUAUGCGAUCCUUUUACCAUUUAUUGCAUAUAACGGCUUCAUAGGAAAUGCAUAUAAAAAUUUUAUGGAUCCAUCGACUUUAAUUUCGCAUCUAUUUUUUCUAGCGGAUCAUCAUUUGAUUUUUUGGACUAUUCCUAUAGAAUUAAAG